AUGUUUGGCCCACAUGCUGUAUGCCAGUGCCGGAUGAAUGCCAGCUGUGCCAGAUGCAUGCCAAAUCUGGGCCAAAUUUGUUUGCUGACUGGGCUAGUGUUCCUCAGCUGGGCUAAUUCAUUUAAUGUUUCCACCAUGGUCCUGUACCUUAGCAGGAGAGAUGAAUAUGAAGAUGAUCCAACGGUAGCUGCAAGGAUCUCAGGUUGCCUGGCGGACAUCUUGGCAUGGAUGAAAGAACAUCACCUUCAGCUCAACCUGGCAAAGACUGAGCUUCUUGUCUUUCCCGCCACUCCGACUCUACAGCAUGACAUCACGAUCCAGUUAGGUUCAUCAACAAUUACCCCAUCAACUUCGGUCAGAAAUCUUGGUGUAAUCUUUGAUGACCAGCUGACCUUCAAAGACCACAUUGCAAAGACUGCUCGAUCUUGCAGGUUUGCACUACACAACAUCAGAAAGAUCAGGCCCUUUCUAACGGAGCAUGCUGCACAACUUCUUGUCCAGGCCCUUGUCAUUUCUAGGCUGGACUACUGCAAUGCUCUUCUGGCUGGACUUCCAUCAAACACCGUCAAACCUCUACAAAUGAUUCAGAAUGUGGCGGCACGACUGGUCUUCAAGGAACCCAAAAGAGCCCAUGUCACACCUCUCUUUAUCUCAUUGCAUUGGCUACCAAUCGCAGCUCGCAUCAAGUUCAAGACACUGAUGCUUGCUUAUAGAACAACCACAGGCUCAGCACCCGCCUACUUGCACUCACUAUUAAGAAUCUACAUCCCCUCCAGAAAUCUGAGAUCUGCUAGUGAGCGACGCCUCGUGGUACCAUCACAAAGAGGCUCAAAAUCACUCUCCAGAACAUUCUCGUUCACCAUUCCUGGCUGGUGGAAUGAUCUUCCCACCCAUAUUCGGAGUACUGGAUCCCUGUCAAUCUUCAAGCAACAGCUGAAAACUAAUCUCUUUCGACACUACUUGACUUCACCCUACACUUAAAAAAAAAAAAAAAAAAACUUAUUUAUUCCUUCCCUAGCUUGUACUUAUUUAAACAAUGCCUGAGACAUGGUGUUACAAGCACUUCGGUAAUGGUAAUUUUAGAUGACCUUUCGGAUGUAUUUAGUUAUAAAACACUUUAUAAUCUAUAAUAACAUUUAUUAAUAUUUUCUCUAAACUGUCUGGUAUAUUAAGACAAGCACCUGCAAUUUUGGCCAAAUUAAAGAUAUAUUGCGUGUGAAUUUCCACAUGUUAUAAUGUAAGCAUCAUUAAUGACCCCCUGUGUUUAAUAAAAUAAAAAACUAAAAAUGAUUAGUGAAAAUAAAAAAUGAUUUAAUAAAAAAAAAAUGAGAAUGAUUAGUGACUCUAACUGGCCUGUUUAGCUAAGCUCUCAAAACACUUCUUUUACUGGUACAAUAUUGCAUGUUUGUAGAUUAUAUUUAAUAGUUUACACUUUGCAAAUAUGUUUGCAGCAUUCUUAAGGACUUAAGGAAAUGUAUGCUUAUAUUUAUUUUCAGUGUUGGGCAGUAACUAGUUACUAGUAAUUAGUUACUGUAAUAAUAUUACUUUUUGCAGUAACUAGUAGUGUAACUAAUUACUAAUAAGAUUUCAGUAAUAAUAUUACAGUUACUUUCCAUAAAACAGCUUAGUUACUUAGUUACUUUUGAUGCCUCAACCCCGCUGAUUUAAAAUCCAACAAUCAAAUAAUUCCUAGAUUUAUUUUCAUAAUUUUCAUGACUCGCACAUGCAUGUGAUGUCCCCAGUGCAGCAGGCAAGCUUGGAAUAUGGAAAAGCAGAUAGAAAUAUUGCAUUAUCGGCAUGUGGUACAUUAUAUUAAUAUAAUAUCAUUUAAAAUAUUUUUGGAAAAUUAAACCGUUUCUUACAAACUCAUGUGAUUUGAUAAAAUACAUAACGAAAUUUAAUCGCAUAUGGGUAACAGAAAAAUUACUUCAAGCUAUACAUGACAAUUAAUGAGAUUAAUACAACUCUUCUACUCGAAUGUCACUAUCAAUCACUAUUGAGUGUUUGUAAUAACUUCUGACUGCGAUCCAAUGUGGAUUUUGCUCAAAUGAUGAGGCAGAAAUAUGUUGUUAGUAACAUUCUAGAAGAAUUUGAUCUGGAAGAUACACAGUUACAACUUCU